AUGUGGCCGUGGCUGGAGAGGAUUGCAUCCGCGUGCUGGGACCGGGUCCGGAGGUACACGCUUACGGGGAAGGGUGAGGACGACGGCGACGAGCUGCUGUGGUCGCGGGACCUCGCGCGGCACGCGGCGGGCGAGUUCUCCUUCGCCGUCGUGCAGGCCAACGACGUGCUGGAGGACCACAGCCAGGUGGAGACGGCCACCGCCGCCACCUUCGUCGGCGUCUACGACGGCCACGGGGGCGCCGAGGCGUCCCGCUUCAUCUCUAACCACCUUUCUGCGCACAUCGUCCGUCUUGCACAGGAACAUGGAACAAUGUCUGAGGAUGUUGUUCGGAAGGCCUUUUCUGCUACAGAGGAAGGCUUCCUGUCGCUUGUGCGCAGGACACAUUUGAUAAAACCUGCUAUGGCUACUAUUGGAUCCUGCUGUCUGGUUGGUAUCAUAUGGAGAGGGACACUCUACCUGGCCAAUCUUGGUGAUUCUCGGGCGGUGGUUGGUUCUUUGAAUGGAUCAAACAGGAUUGUUGCUGAGCAGUUAACAAGAGACCAUAAUGCUAGCAUGGAAGAAAUUAGGCAGGAGCUUAGGACUCUUCAUCCUGAUGAUUCGCAAAUCGUUGUUCUUAAAAAUGGUGUUUGGCGCAUCAAAGGCAUCAUACAGGUUUCAAGGUCUAUAGGUGACGCAUACUUGAAGAAGCGAGAAUUCACUGCUGAUCCAUCCACAGCCCGUUUCCACCUCUCCGAACCUCUCCGCCGGCCUGUUCUGACGUCAGAGCCAUCUGUAUGUUCAAGAGUUCUUAGUUCACAAGACCGUUUUUUGAUCUUUGCAUCGGAUGGAUUAUGGGAGCACCUCUCAAACCAGCAAGCUGUUGAAAUUGUCCACAAUAAUCCACGAGAAGGUGUUGCAAGGAGAUUGGUACAAGCAGCUCUAAAAGAAGCUGCAAGGAAGAGGGAAAUGAGGUAUGGUGAUAUUAAGAAGCUCGAUAAAGGAGUCCGGCGCUACAUCCACGACGACAUAACAGUUGUUGUCGUCUUCAUCGACCAUGAACUGCAGUCGGAGGAUUCUGCUUCAACCUCUGUUCCUGAACUCUCAGUUCGUGGGUUUGUUGAUGCAGGGGGGCGCUCCAGCUUUUCAGGGUUGAAUGACAUUACUUGA